AUGCCUGGCAAAGUUUCAGCGCUGGGCCGAAAGAAAGGCCCCAAAAAGGGCAAAGCUGGCUCCAGCAGACGAGGAAAGGGGACAAAGUCUACCAAGUCCAAGAGCUCCGGAUCCGGCAAGAAGAAAAAGAAGGGCAAAAAAGGUAAACGCAAAAAGGGCAAAAAGCGGAAGAUGAUUUCACCAGAAGAAUAUGCCGAAAUGGAGCAGCAGCUGAAGAGCUGUCAGAGAACCAACGAACUGCUCACCAUCAAAUUGACAGCGAUGGCACAUUCUCGUGAACAAUACCGUAAGUGCUCUUUCAGUCUGUUGGAUGAGAAUGAACACGUACACAAGCGUCUUAUCAAGGUGGAAAGAGACUGCAUUGAAGUUGUGGGAUACCUUCGGCAAAAGAGAGGCGCCAAUGAGGCUAGACUGGAGGUGGUUGAAAAGGAACUUGCUCAAAUCAGGGAAGUCGAAAGCGGUAAGCGAAACACUCUGGCAGCAGAGUAUGAAUACAAGAUCAAAGGCCUCAACGAAAUCAUUUCAGAAAACGAAAUUCAAAUAUUGAGACUCGAAUACGAGACCAACAAGCUGAAGGGGUUGAAGGAGGCGAACGAGAAGCUAGAAGAAACGAACGAGUCCCUGCGGAAGGAGCUGCUGGACACAAUGGUGCGCCACCAGAACCAGCUGGUCGAGUACGAGGCCAUGAUCCUCCGCGAGAAGCGCAACCUGGAGAAGCUGGCGCGCCAGGAGGUGCACAACCUGGUGGACACAGCUCACCAGAUGGCCGCCAAAGAGAUCAGCGCCACCACUGCGGACGUCUACGGGCAGAACUACUGCCUGAACCGGACGCUGCAGCAGUACCAGGCGCGGGUGCUAGCCCUGGAGGCCGCCGACGCCACGCGCAGCCGCCAGCUGGACCGCGCGCGCACGCACGCCGAGACCAGCUCGGCUGCGCUGCUGCAGAUGCGCCGCCAGCUGACUGCGCAGCAGGUGGCGACGCAGCAGCUGCGCGAGCGGCUGGCCGAGUCCGAGUCGGACCGGCUGCAGGAGGCCGUCACACUGCAGGAGGUGCGCGCCGAGCUGCUCGACUGGGCGCAGCACGAGCGCCAGCAGGAGCAGCGCCAGCUGGCGCAGCUGCGCCGACAGCUCGCGCUGCGAGAGGCCACCGUUCGGCGGCUGCGCGCGCUGGCACGCCGCGUCCUGGCGCGCCGCUCUCAGCUGGAGGACUUCUUCCUGUCGGCGCUGGAGCAGGUGGCGGGCGCGGCGGCCGGGGAGCGGCGCCAGUUCUGGCGGGACGCCGAGCACCAGUACCGGCAGCGGAUGGCGGCCGGGCUGGCCGGCCAGGCGCCGCCGCCUGAGGUGAUGACCACCGACGGCAGCCAGAAGUCGUCGCGCGACAUCGUGCACGACUGGCAGCGGCACAACGAGUGGCGCGCCGACGCCGACCAGGUGGAUGUGUCGGCGCUCACCUGGCUCCAGAAGGAGAGCGUCCUGCGGGUGCUCUUCGCACACAUCAACGGCGCGCAGAGCCGAGCGCGCCGCCAGCAGCAGCAGCAGAAGAAGGGUCGCUGGCCGAGGAAGAGGACCGUGGACGUGGGCGUGCAGAAGUUCGCGCAGAGGAGGAGCACCAGCGGAGACACCUCCAGCGCGUACCCGCUGCUCAGCCCCUAUCUGGAUAAGUCGGUGCAAAUGCUUGGUUUGUGA